AUGUCUACCGGGCCGUCGACCUCCAAAGCCGCCGAAACCCUUCAAAAUGUGGCUCAAGCCGCCGACGAGUUCGUCGACAACAUGAACCCCGGCACGGAAGACGACGCCGGAGAACAGGAGGCUGAAGGAGACGAGAACACGAUGGAAGCUCGGAAGAAGAAGCUCGAGGAGCUGAGGAAGCGCAUGAGGUCGUCCGCACAGGCCAACCGAGCCUCCGUAGUUGAGGAGUCAGCGAAGGCGAGGAUCACCGCCCGCGAAGCAGCGCGGAUGGAGAGGCAACGCAAGCUUGCGGAGACGUUGAGGCAGAAGGCGGACGCGGAGGAUCGUGGGGAGGACGUUGAACGGCAGAAGAAUUGGGAGUACACCAUCGAGGAGAACGAUGAGUGGGAGAAGAAACAGGCGCGGAAGGCAAGGAGAGCAGACUUCUCGUUUAACGACGACGCCGAUGCUGCGCGACGGAGAUACAAGAAGGACCUUGACCACAUCAAACCCGACCUGGAGAGCUACAACCGGCAAAAAGAGGUUGCACUUGGGUUGGCUCCAGGGACGCUUUCAAAACCUGGCGCUGCUAGCGGGUCGUCUGCCGUGACCAAAUUCGACCCGUCCGGCGGGGCAUUACAGGCUGCGCCCACGAGCUUGCAGCAACAGCUAGCAGCAGAGAAUUUGUACCGUGAUGCGAACAGCUUACUGUAUGCGGACAAUAAGCCCAGUGAAGACGCUAUUGAUCGAGUCAUUGGCAAGAUCAACAAGGACGUUGACAAGAAGAGCAAGUUCUCACGUAAGCGUCACAAUGAGGAUGAGGGCGACAUCACGUAUAUCAACGAACGGAAUCGUGUGUUCAACAAGAAGAUCGCUCGAUACUAUGACAAGUACACCACUGAGAUCCGUGCUAGCUUCGAGCGCGGGACCGCUCUUUAG